UUAUGUUCUGCUGACUGUUACCAAACAAGCAGUACAAGACAAAGAAACAAAAAAUCAUACUUGGAAUUUUCGCUUCAUCAUAUCCAAGAGAAAAAAGAUCUGUAACUUAUAUCUUCUUUAUAUUUAAACUCUCCAAAGUUGCUACUUGUUUGAAGUAACUGUUGGCAACCGGCAUUAAUGGCAACUCAGUUUCGUUUGAUAUUGCUCUUUUUGUUUGGCAUUUGUUGUGUGGAGUCGAAGUAUAUAAAAUAUAAUACUACGGCUGGGAUUGUUCCGGGGAAGAUCAAUGUUCAUUUGGUGGCUCACUCACAUGAUGAUGUCGGUUGGUUGAAAACUGUGGAUCAGUACUAUGUUGGAUCUAAUAAUAGCAUCCAGGGUGCUUGUGUGCAGAAUGUGCUUGAUUCCAUAGUUCCGGCAUUGUUGGCUGAUAAGAAUCGCAAGUUCAUAUAUGUUGAACAGGCAUUCUUUCAGAGGUGGUGGACAGACCAGAGCGAGGAAGUCCAAGAUACCAUGAAGCAGCUCAUCAAGUCAGGUCAACUCGAGUUAAUAAAUGGGGGUAUGUGCAUGCAUGAUGAAGCGGCGCCACAUUACAUUGAUAUGAUUGAUCAAACAACUCUUGGACAUCGAUUUAUCAAAGAAGAAUUCAAUUUGACUCCAAGAAUUGGUUGGCAAAUUGAUCCCUUUGGUCAUUCUGCAGUGCAGGCUUACUUGUUGAGUGCAGAGGUUGGAUUUGAUUCACUUUUCUUCGCAAGAAUUGACUAUCAAGACAGAGCUAAAAGGAAAGAUGAGAAGUCUCUUGAGGUUGUCUGGCGUGCCUCUAAGAGUCUUGGUUCUUCUGCACAGAUAUUUGCUGGUGCAUUCCCUGAGAAUUAUGAACCUCCCAGUAAUUUCUACUACGAAGUUAAUGAUGAUUCCCCAAUUAUCCAGGAUAACAUGAAUUUGUUUGACUAUAAUGUCCCUGAGCGCGUCAAUGAGUUUGUAGCUGCUGCCGUAGCUCAAGCUAACAUAACUCGGACAAAUCAUGUUAUGUGGACUAUGGGAACAGAUUUCAAGUAUCAAUAUGCACACACAUGGUUCCGGGCGAUGGACAAGUUUAUUCAUUAUGUCAAUCAAGAUGGUCGUGUUAAUGCCCUAUACUCGACUCCAUCGAUAUACACUGAUGCAAAGCAUGCGGCAAAUGAGGCCUGGCCACUGAAGACAGAUGACUACUUCCCAUAUGCAGACCGUGUAAAUGCUUACUGGACGGGAUAUUUUACAAGUAGGCCUGGCUUGAAAGGCUAUGUUAGAACAAUGAGUGCCUACUAUUUGGCAGCUAGACAAUUGGAGUUCUUUAAAGGAAAGAAUAAAGCUGGUGCCACCACUGACUCUUUGGCUGAUGCUUUAGCACUUGCACAACAUCAUGACGCAAUCAGUGGUACCUCGAAGCAGCACGUUGCUUCCGAUUAUGCAAAACGAUUGUCAAUUGGCUACAAGGAGGCUGAGGAAGUUGUUUCAGCAUCAUUUGCUUGCAUUGCAGAGUCAUGCCUAAAAACUGGUCGUCCAAAUCCAGUGGUGACGAAGUUUCAACAGUGUCCACUUCUGAAUAUAAGCUAUUGUCCUCCAUCAGAAGUUGAUCUGUCUACCAGAAAGAACCUGGUGGUGGUGGUGUACAAUCCCCUUGGGUGGAAAAGGGAGGAUGUUAUUAGAAUUCCUGUUUAUAACGAGAAAGUCACUGUGAAGGAUUCCGAAGGAAAAGAAGUUGAAUCACAACUUCUGCCCAUUCAAGAUGCGUAUAAGACCUUAAGAAACUACUAUUCUGUGGCUUAUUUGGGGAAAUCCAAAAAGGAGGCCCCAAAUUAUUGGCUUGCAUUCUCAGCAUCUGCACCACCUCUUGGUUACAACACUUAUAUCAUCUCAAGUGCCAAACAAUCAGCGGUUUCGUCGGAGAUUAAAUCAUUUUACAAUUCUGAAACUGCUAAAAAUGAUAAAAUAGAAGUGGGGCCAGGAAACGUGAAACUUGUAUAUUCUGGAAAUGAAGGAAACCUUAUUCAGUAUAUCAAUAGCAGAAGUAAAGUUGAGCAAUCGGUUGAGCAGUCAUAUAGCUAUUAUUACAGUGAUAAUGGAAGUGCUGAUUUGCAGGCCUCUGGAGCAUACAUCUUUCGUCCAAACGGUUCACAUCCCAUCGAUCCUCAACAGCAGGUUCUUCUUAACGUUCUACGGGGCCCACUGGUGGAUGAGGUACAUCAGAGGAUCAAUUCAUGGAUAUAUCAGGUUACAAGACUUUACAAGGGAAAAGAUCAUGCUGAAUUUGAGUUUACUAUUGGACCGAUACCUAUGGAUGAUGGAAUUGGCAAAGAGGUUGUGACACAAAUUAAAGCAACCAUACAAAACAAGAAGAAAUUCUACACAGAUUCCAGUGGGCGUGAUUUUAUUGAAAGGAUUCGAGACUAUAGAAAAGAUUGGAAGUUAGAAGUGAACCAACCUAUUGCUGGAAAUUAUUACCCGAUUAAUCUCGGAAUUUACAUGAAAGAUAAUGAUACAGAACUAUCAGUCUUAGUAGAUCGAUCAGUGGGGGGUUCCAGUAUUAAAGAUGGGGAAUUGGAACUGAUGCUCCACAGGAGAUUGCAUGAAGACGAUAGUAGAGGUGUUGCUGAGGCACUAAACGAAACAGUUUGUGUUUUUGAUGAAUGCACAGGACUAACUGUCUUGGGAAAGUAUUACCUCAGAAUAGAUCCUUCGGGCGAGGGUGCUAAGUGGCGUCGAUCAUAUGGCCAGGAGAUAUAUUCUCCUUUUCUUUUAGCCUUCACCGAGCAGGAUGGAGAUAAUUGGGCAAGUUCUCAUGUAGCUAGCUUCUCGGGAAUGGAUCCCUCCUACGUUUUACCUGAUAAUGUUGCAAUGCUAACCCUCCAGGAACUUGACGAUGGAAAAGUUCUCCUUCGAUUGGCACACUUAUAUGAGAUUGGGGAGGACAAGGAUCUAUCAGUUAUGUCAAGUGUGGAACUGAAAAAGGUGUUCCCGAACAAGAAGAUAAACAAAGUAACGGAGACGAACUUAUCUGCGAACCAAGAAAGAGCUGAAAUGGAGAAGAAGAGGCUAGUCUGGAAAGUAGAAGGCUCUUCUGGAGAAGAAGCUAAGGUAGUUAGGGGAGGAGCUGUGGAUCCAACGGCACUGGUAGUUGAACUUGCUCCAAUGGAAAUCCGAACUUUUGUUAUCGACUUCAAUUAA